AUGCCAUCAUACAAACUUACUUAUUUCAAUGGACGUGGACGUGCUGAAAUAUCACGAUUAAUCUUUGCUGCUGCUGGUCAAAAAUAUGAAGAUAUUCGUAUUGAACGAGAACAAUGGCCAGCACUCAAACCUAAAACGCCAUUAGGUCAAAUGCCUGUUCUUGAAGUUGACGGUGUUGAACUACCACAAUCAGCAGCAAUUGCCCGAUUUCUUGCCAAACAAUUUCAUUUAGCUGGCAAAGAUAAUUUAGAACAAGCAGAAGUUGAUGCUGUUAUUGACACAAUAUCUGAUAUAAACACGGCGUGGCCAGCAUCUAGUUCCGACGAAGCACUUAAAAAGAAGUUCUUGACUGAAGAUUUAGCAAAACAUUUACAAAAUCUUGAGACUCUUGGUAAACUAUAUGGUAAAGGUGGUCAUUUUUUUGUUGGUAAUCAAUUAACAUGGGCAGAUUUACGCUUCUAUACUUUUGGACAAACAUGUAUUGAAGCCGCACCGGAUUGUUUGAAUAAUUUCUCAUGGUUAGAACAAAAUCGUGCUGAAGUUGAAAAACAACCUAAAAUCGCAGAAUAUCUUAAGAAUCGACCCAAAACAUCAUUUUAA